CGUCCCUUGCGCCCGUCAAGUUUCACCUUGCAGACUGGUUUCCCUGGAGUUGCCGCGCACCUGAUCUCCCCAUUAAAUACUACGUGAUUCUCCACCUUUCCUUUCUGUCGCCCUCUCCCUCCUAAUUAUCCCCUCCCCCUUGGUUUGACCGUCCAUCAUGGUUGAAUCCAGUAUUCCUGCGCUGGAGUUCACUCCCAUCGAGGAGAUCCAGAACCGCAGCUCGACUCUCCGCAAAACCUUCCUUGAACACAAAACGCGCGAUGUCGAGUUCCGACUGGUCCAGCUCCGCAAGCUCUACUGGGCUUUGAAAGACCACGAGGAAGAAAUCGCCGAAGCUCUCGCCCUGGACCUGAACAAGCCACGCUUCGAGACCGAGCUCGCCGAGAACGGAUGGCUGCAGAAUGACAUUGUCUUUGUUACCCGGAAUUUGCACAAAUGGGUGAAGGAUGAGAAGGCCGAGGAUAUCGAUCUUACGUUUAAGUUCAUGAACCCGAAGAUUCGCAAGGAUCCGUUGGGUGUGGUGCUGGUGAUUGGCGCAUUCAACUACCCCUUCCAAUUGACGCUCGGUCCGGUUAUUGGUGCCAUCGCUGCCGGUAAUACGGUGGUGAUCAAGCCCAGCGAAAAUGCCCCGAAAAGUGCGGUCGUCAUGCAGCGUGUCGUGGAAGCUUCCCUCGACCCGUCCUGCUACACCAUCAUCCAGGGCGGUAUCCCCGAAACUCAGGCCCUGCUGGCGGAGCGCUGGGAUAAGAUCUUCUUCACGGGCGGUGCCAACGUCGGUCGCAUUAUCGCCAAAGCCGCUGCGCCUCAUUUGACCCCGGUCGUGCUGGAGCUGGGUGGUAUCAACCCGGCUAUUAUCACCAAGAAUGCCAACCCGAGACUCGUCGCACGGAGAAUGCUAUGGGGUAAGCUUCUCAAUGCCGGUCAGGUGUGUACGUCGCAGAACUACUUGCUGGUCGAAAAGGCUAUCUUGCCCGCGGUCAUCGAAGAAUUCAAGAAGGCCUACAAGGAAUUCUACCCCCAGGGAGCCAAGGGAUCGCCGGACUACUCCCGCAUCGUCAACGAGGGCGCGUUCCACCGUCUCAAGUCCAUGAUUGAUAACUCCAAGGGAAAGAUCCUCCUGGGAGGCACGAUGGAUGAGAAGGAGCUCUUUAUCGAGCCGACUCUGGUUCAGGUGGAUUCGACCGACGAUUCUUUGCUCACGCAGGAGAGUUUCGGUCCGUUGAUUCCAAUCCUCCCCGUGGAGAACGUCGACGAAGCGAUCAACAUCGCCAAUGGUAUCCAGAGCACUCCGCUUGGCAUCUAUCCGUUUGGCUCAAAGGCCGAGACAGAGAAGAUCCUCCGGAAUACUCGCUCGGGCGGUGUUUCCAUCAACGACGCUGCGCUGCAUAUCCCAACCCUUCCCUUUGGCGGUGUCGGCGAAAGUGGCUACGGCGCUUACCGCGGAAGAUCCAGUUUCGAUGUCUUCGUGCAUCGUCGCCCCAUCACCAGCAGCCCCGGCUGGCUUGAAUCCAUCCUUGCGAUCCGCUACCCGCCUUACGAUGGCAAGAUCAGCAAGUUCAAGGCUGCUAGCACGCUGGCGCCUGAUUUCGACCGCAGCGGGAAGAAGGUCACUCUCGGCUGGCUGCGCUUUAUUCUUACCCUCGGCGGAGGCAGCGCAAAGGCUGGGGCUGGCAGAGCUACAGUUGUUGCUGGAAUUGCCUACCUCGCCCUGCAGGUUCUCGAGCGCCGCGCUUCCAAACUUUAAAGUUUAGGGCACGUUUCAUCUUGCUUAAAAUGGAAAACCCAAAAUCGUGGAGUCGGUUGGUCUUGUUAGUGUUACGGAGUUCAUGCAUAAUUAGGGCUAUGUGGGGUGUCCCUUGCCUACUUUGACUCAUUACCUAACUCACAUGUAUGCUUAUAUGUUUGUAUGUUAUUGAUUGAAUGUGCGAUUAUAGCGGAAUUCUAGGUUUGGCUGUUUGAGG